AUGUCAAAGAACAAGCUCGAGUACAACAAGCAGGAACCUGCGUUCUUGCGAAAGCUACGUGAGCAGCAUGGCGGGCCCAGGAACAACGUGCAAAUCGCGCGUCCGAAGAAGGAUCGAUUAAGGACAGGAGACGAAGGUGAGGACGAUCCCGUGAUCGUGGAUGAGGCUGGCGAGGAUGUAGCCAAAGAUGAUUGGGAAGAGAGACUGAGGCAAGAGAAGGAGGUUGCGGAGGGCGGUAGUGAAGAUUCUGUCAAAGCGGAGGGAAAUCUGCCUGUGGAAACGAGAGACAAGCAGAAGAUUGCCGACAUUGGCCUGGCUAAGAAGCGAAAGGUGGGGAAGGUUAUCGUAGACGGAGAAGAAGCCGAGGACGCCAGUUGGAAGGAAAAAGGAGCUGGGCCUGAAACGAAGAAGGAUGCCUCAGAUGAAGCAAAGACUACGACAUCAAUGCCUGCCAAGACGAGAAAGAAGGUGAAAAAGAUCAAGCUAUCCUUUGAUGAGCCCGAGUGA